GAAGCUCGCAGUAGCUCCCGAUACAUUACCACGAUAACUCGGUUUGCAUCAGGGAUCCAUUUCAUCCCCCCAUUCGGCCUAGAUGAAUUUUCGUCACGAUUGAACCGGUCAACGAUUUGUUUACUCUAGUUGCAAAUGCGUUAGCAUCUCUGCAAAGCCGAAGUGAACGGUGAUUUUUGUUACUUAUUUUCUCCGUGAAGCGUUUUGAUAAGUCGUGCUUAACCGACAAGCAGUAGUAAUGAUUACGAGUACAUAUUUAGUUUGAGUGUUAAAACGGUUGCAAAACUGUUCGUGGAUCAGUGAUUGAUUGAUUGUUUCGUUCCUUGAAAUUUUAGUCUUGUGACUUAUUAUAUUGUCUAGUGCACUCGUUAACAGUUAUCAUGGCCAACAAUUGUCGCCUGGGAUCAAGACUUCGAGUUUCUGUGGCGAUAAUUGUUUUAAUAUGUGUGUGUUUAAAGCAAGUGAAAGGAUCCUGUCUAAGCUACGGUCAUUCAUGUUGGGGAGCGCAUGGCAAACGGGCAGGUCCGCCGGGACGUACGGCUUCUGUUGAUGCACCAUUCGCCGUACAGUUUCAACCGCAGCCGCUGCUCGACCAAACCAACCCACUCCCUGCUGCUUUAUCUGGUGCGGAACGGUGGGCUUUGGUCAAAGUUCUUCCGGAAAAGAACGCGUACUAUCCAUUUAGCAAAGUGAUAUAUGCACCACCGCUUACUGCAACGGGCUCCUUUUCGCUUAGCGGCGGUUUAAGCGCAUCUGGAUCAGAAUCCUCGAGAAUCGGGUCGGAGCCAACCAACAGCGUGGAAGGCCGGCUGGCUGAAACCACCAACGACUCCAAAACACCAUCAUCCUCAGAACAGGAGCUAGCGAUUGGCGACGAUCGUCUAAUAAAGGCAGUUACCUCUCCAAACGUGCGUCGCCGAGAUCAUCGACACAAGAAAAAACCACAAUCUACAGCUGUACACCGUCGCUUUGGGGGACUGGACGAUACGUUUGACGAAAGUAUGAACAUUGCCCGAUUUUUAGAACCAAACGAUGAUGAUCUAAACCAAAUGCUGCUGCUUAAUGCAGCCGCGGCCGCUAUGGCAACAAUCCCCGACGAUGACGCUUCCAUUUCAAAUGCGCCGUUCAAUCCGAAGCUGUUCAACGAAAACCAUUAAAAAUUCGGUUCUUCUAACGCAGCAUCAAACGAAUGGCACACCGCAACAUCACCACGAGCAUACGCAAGCUGAACUUGCUGCGGUCUGUUCAGUCACGGCCUUUGUCUGGGAUACGAGAGCUGGAUGGAUGAAAGAGCAGAUACAACGCUUACAACGUUUAACCAGUAACAUCUAAUUAUGAAUAGUCUCACAAAAAGAUACAGUUUAAAUUUUUUUCCCUAGUUAACCCUCAACGCAACGCAAUUUGUGAGAUGCAAACUCUGAUACUGCGAAGUACUAUACGAGGGUGUCACAUGCGCAAUUCAAAGCCUACACUUUUACACCCUGGGAUUACGUGUAAGCCCUAUAAUCGGAUGCUAUCGUUGAACUUUAUCGCUUGUUUCGCCAUUCCCCGCAUCGUCCCGUGUUGCUCAUAUCGUACAAGCAUGAGCUACUAGGAGCGUCGGUAGUAAUAGAGUCGAAAUGACGAUCUUAUCAGCAGUGGAUGGAUAUUGCCAAAGUUUACUUCUGUUUGCGCUGGUGCUGGGAAUUUGGCAAUGUUCAUCAAUGGCUGGGCUGGUGAUAGAUAUUCAUUUUACUUGCUACAAAGCAUUACAGAGACAAUGGCGAAAAUUUGUCAGAGGAAGAAUUUGAGGGUCCCCCCGAUUACGUAGCAUACCGCCUAUGUUCGUGUCGUUCAUGUGCAUGAUUUUGCGAAGAUACCGUACUUUCCCGUGCAUAAUAUGGGAAAACCGUUAAUUCCGCACACAUCCUCACAACACACGCACCUUAUUUGUAUAUACACAACUUAGUCAGUAAGGAGGGAUUAUAGAAUCAGAUAUAAAUGUAAAAAUAACACUUGAAGAUUCAA